GUCCAUGAGUCGAGCGCUCGAAAUCGCACACACACGUUUUCGCUCGCUGGCAUCGGAGAUCGGACUCAUAGAGUUCUUGUAAUUCGAUCGGCAUGAUGAAGUCUUCGUGGGCCGAUCGAGUGGAGUUCGAGCAGGGUGAUCUCCCCGAGCCGAGUGAGAGAAUCGACGGAUCUCUGAAGAUCAUCACUGACUACAGAGAAAAGGAUGGCAAGAAAUUCAAGGUCAUCAGCACCUACAAGAUGGAGAAGAAGGAGGUUGCGAAAAGUGUCGCUCAUCGGAAAAGUCUCAAGAAGUUCGGAGACUCCAAAAAUGAUUCUGCCGGACCGAAUCCCGCGACGACUAUCGUAGCUGAAGAGAUUUUCAUGCAGUUCGUCUCGAUCAGGGGCGGAGUUGAAGAACAGCAGGAAACCGAGGAGGAUCUCCAGCUGCAAGCGAAAACUCAACUCAGCAAAGUCGUCGCUUGCCGUAUAUGCAAAGAGGAUCACUGGACGACACAUUGUCCGUACAAGAACCAAAUGCCGUCGAACACACCGUUGGACGAGUCGAGUCGAGCAGCUGCCGCGGCGGCAAACGCUGCAUCCAAAACUUCCGAUUCGAAGGUGGAGCGCUACGUCAGCCCGGGGCUGCGCGACGGUUUCGGCGGUCGGCGGGGCGAGAGCAUGCCUCUCACUCGGCAAAAUAGGGACGAAGCUACGGUGCGAGUCACGAAUCUUUCGGAAGAUGUCAAGGACAGCGAUCUCACCGAGCUCUUCAAGCCGUUCGGACGCAUCACUCGAAUUUUCCUCGCGAAAGACAAAAUCACAAAUGUGCCGAAAGGCUUCGCCUUCGUGUCGUACGAGCGUAUUAGUGAAGCCCAGAACGCGAUCAACCACGUUCACGGCUACGGUUAUGACAAUUUGAUUCUGUCGGUCGAAAUGGCGAACAAAUCCAAUAACUGAUGCAACGAUGUACUCUUCUAAUCGCAAUGAAAGAAAGAGCACCCACAACAA